UACAUCUUUUAAUUAGCAAAAAUGAGUAAUGAAGUUGUUCUUUUGAGUGCUUAUGUGAGUAUGUUUGGUAUGAGGGCAAGAAUUGCAUUAGAUGAAAAAGGGAUUAAAUAUGAAUACAAAGAGGAAGAUUUGAGUAAUAAAAGUUCACUUUUACUACAAAUGAAUCCAAUUCAUAAGAAAAUUCCAGUGUUAAUUCAUAAUGGAAAACCAAUUUGUGAGUCACUCAUAAUUGUUGAGUAUAUAGAUGAGGUUUGGAAGGACAAAUCUCCUUUGAUGCCAUCUGAUCCUUAUAAGAGGGCUCAAGCUAGGUUUUGGGCUGAUUUUAUUGACAAAAAGGUUUACGAGAGUGGAAGGAGAAUAUGGACUACAAAAGGGGAAGAUCAAGAAGCAGCCAAGAAAGAAUUCAUAGAGUGCCUAAAGUUAUUGCCAUAUUUCAAUGGAGAAAAUUUUGGGUUUGUGGAUUUGGCUUUAAUUCCUUUCUAUAGUUGGUUCCCAACUUUUGAGAAAUUUGGGAAUUUUAACAUAGAAAAAGAGUGUCCAAAGUUUGUGGCAUGGGCCAACAAAUGUAUGCAUAAAGAUAGUGUCUCCAAAUCCCUAGCGGAGCCAAAUAAAGUUUAUGAGUACGUGUUAAAAUUGAAACAACAACUUGGCCUUCCAUAG